AUGACAACAUGGACGAAGUCACUGCAUGAUGAGGAUCUACAGUCGUUGGACACUGCAACGUACAGUGACAGCGCCCACACAGACAAUGGAGCAGCCGAGCCCGAAGCCCUUGAUAGCUUUCAGGUGCAGCUCCAAAGUGCUGAAGCAUCUCAAAAGGCGAAAGUCAAAACAAGUGUAGGCGUCGUGCUGCUGUUGCUGCUCGCUAGCGGCUUGCUUGCCGGCAAGGCGAUCUUACCUCCACUGCCGGGGAAAGAUGUCUUGGGGAAAAACGAGCCGCCUCCUCACCCUUCGGUGGAGAGUCGAGAAGCACAGCAGGCGCUCAAUGCAGUGGAAGCAAGAGAGGAGGAGCAGCGGAAACCUAGCGAUCGAGCUCGAGAAGAAGAUGCCGCAGAGAAAGCACUGGCACCACGAGAAGCUCUAAUGCAGCGAAAGCUGGAGAAAAUCCAGGAACUUUUUGCCUCUGCAGAAAGUUUCGUGUACGUGAUUGCUACGGAAGAAGCUGAGACGCUGGCAGACAACGUGGAGCAGCAGCUUGUGAAGGCGCAGUCAUUGAGCAGAGAGCCGGGAAAGCUGGAGGCCGUAGAAGAAUGCCUCCAAGACGCAGUAAAGAACAUGCGCAAUUUGGAUUACCUCGCGGAGAAGCACUGUGAAUUUCUCAUUUCGGUAGAAGAGAAGUCGAGGGAGUUUCUCUCUCUCUGGGACUCCGAGGCUGCAGCAGAUUUUGCGUCUUUUGUGGACGACGGCCUCGACCCAGCAGACACAGUGCACCGCAUGGUGAUCAUGUUCCACUCAAUGCAGCAUGCAUUUCAACAAGUGGGCGAAAGCUUCGGGAAAGUCAGUCGGGUUUUGUUGGCCAGGAGGCGUUUCGACACUGAAGAAGACACCCAACUAGUCGAUGACAAACUGGACGAUUUGCACUUUCUGAACAGCAGCGUCAAGUCCAAAAACGGUUUCCACGAGCUCGCUGGGAAGCUGAAAACGGACAUUCACGAAGGCAUCCGAGCGAAGGAGUUGAGGUCGCUGGAAGAAGAGCUGCUGCUGCUGCAGAGGGAUUUCACUCCAAUUCAGUUAUCUGCGAAGCUUGCCCGAAAGGCAAACGAAAUGAAAGUGAAGGCUUCUCUUGCGGAGGCUUUCGAACUUAGUUUCGUGGAGGAAAAAGCCAAAGAAGUGAACGGCUUGCUGGCCACUCUGCGCGAGCAGGUCACUGAAGUGGAAAGCACUUCGGGGGAAAAUGUGUUUCAAGCUGUCAACCAAGCUCAGGAAACUGCCCAAGAGGCCCGCGAACUGCUCUACGCCUUGCGCGAAGAAGCCAAGACGCUGCUGCCCGCGCUGCCGCGCAGCCUCUUCAGCUUGAGAAAGCUCAUGUUCGUAGAGGAAACUGAGCGCAUGCACGAUCUGUGCGUCUUGGAGGGCAAGGAAAUUCUGAACAUUUUGGAAGAGGCGAAAGCCAGGGCCCAGAAGUGGCUAGAUCCUGAAGACUACUCUCCAGGUCACUUCCACCAGCUCGGAACUGAAGUCUUCGAGGGGCUCUUGUCAACUGUGAGGCAGCUCAAAGGCGAAGUGGGAAGCCGUGUCAGUCGCUCCCGAAUGGCCUUUAUGGAGUCGCAGGAAGCAGAAAGCCCAGAAGCUGCUUUGAGCGUCAUGAAGUCGCAGACAAGGUCUUUGGUUCAGCUGGUGAAAGUCAAGGAGGAGGCGCGUUUAGUUCUCCUCGACAUCAAGUCUUUGGAGCUGCUUAAGAAGGACAUCGAUCUGCUUCAAGCAGCCGGCGUAGUUGCGAGGUUGUGCAAAGUUUCAAGCACUUUUGCUGCAGUGAAAGCACUCAAGUCCGUUGCCAAAGACUACAGCAAAGCCCACAAGGCCCUCAUGGACGCAAAGACACUCGUCGAAGUGUUGAACAACAUCCUCAGGUUGCGGUCUGCAGUGACUGCAAUGUACAGCGCCGUCGCUGCGCACAAAACUGGUGAAGAUUUCGAAGAAGUGCAAAACCCUCUUUGA